ACACCCAAGACAACGGCAAGGAAACUAUAUUGUGCAAGGGAGCAGGGAACAGCGGUAAGCAGACAGCAGGCAGCAUGUCGUGGCUAAACAACAGUCUGAACACUAUCAACACAAUCAAAGGACAACUGACAAACUUGGCCCAGGAGGUGCUAGCGGAGACAGCCGGACCCGGCGAUGACGAAUAUCGGGGUGGCGACGACGCUUUGAGCGCUCAGACAGCCCUCCAGCUGUUAAAUGAGACGCAAUUGCGUCAGCUGGACAAGGCGUGCGAGGAUAAAGAUCGCGAGAUUGUCGCCCUACGCAAACAGAUUACAACAUUAAAGGCAAGCAGAGCUAGUGAAGACAACGUCGGCGGCGAGGCAAAGUCGUUGCAUUCAGGUGAGGAGCAAAAUGUGGUGGACGACAGCUGGUGUUGGGAGCCAGCUGGCAACGAUGCCACAGUGCCGACGGCAGCAACGGUGGCAGCGGCAGCUGGGGGCAAAAAGGAAGCGGGAAUGGUGGAUGUUGCACUUGUCUCUGGUGUCGCCGAUGUGUCCAGCCUAAACGCGAUCAUUGCGAAUCUGCAGCAGGAGAAUGGACAGAUACGUGACGCAAUGGAAACGCUGGAUGCACAGCACGAGAUCGCCAUACAGGAUGUGCUGGGCCAAAAGACGGAGCUGCAGACACAGCUGGCCACGCUCAAGCAGCUGCAGACGGACCGUCUAGUGGAGCACGAGCUGGCGAUGGCCCGCCUUCAAGCCCAACUCGUCGAUGAGCGGAAGCGACAGCUGGCCGCUGUGGAGGUGCAACAUGAGCUGCAACAGCGCGUCGAGCAGCAGGCCGAGGAGCUGAAGCGUAGCGUGUUCGAACUGGCCGAGAUGCAUCAGCUGCUCGAGAAACGGGGCGCCGACAAUGGUGAGCUGAUCGAGCGUGUGCGCCAGGCCGAUGCGCUGCGCGAGGCGCUGCAGCGUGAGCUGGACGAGCUGAUCAAAAAGGAGGCUGCGCAAAAGGAGAAGAAAACGUCGGAGUCAUCGAACAGCUCAUCAACCGGCAAGCACAGCGAGGAUGAGUUUAUAGUGGUGCGCAAUGCGGAUGCUGAGGCGACUGGCUCCGAUCCAGAUCCCGAUCCCGAUGCCGAUGCCGAUGCAGAUGCGACCACACCACCAUCGAAGGAGAAGUUGCGCGACAAGCUUGUCGCUUUGGAGGCGCACAUUGCCGAGCUAACCGCUGCGAAUGUCAAGCUGCAGGAUGGUGAGCUGGAGCGGCAGCUGGCUGCCAAUGUGCUGAACGAGCAGCUGUCGGAGCUGGAGACGCGACUACGCAUCAGCGAGAGCGAGAAGGAACAGUUGCAGCUGGAGUUGCAGCGCAAGCUGCAACAGCUAAUGCUGCAGAAUCAGGAGCUAAAGCUGAACGCCGAGGCCGAUCAGGAGACGCACGCCAAUGAUCUGGAACAGCAGUUGGGCGCGAUACGCGACGAGAAUCGUCGGCUGCGCCAGGAGCUAGACGCCAGCAUUGCGCAAGCCAAGUUCCGGCAGGCGAUUGCCGAGGAAAAGCAGGAGAUAACCGAUCUAGAUCUGGAGCUGGACAGCCACGACAGCAAGGACGAGCAUGAUCCGCACAAGCUGCACGGCCUGCUGGAGGCACUGAUCGCUGAAGGCACGGAUCAGGCGCUGGAGCGCACGCAUCGCCUGUUAAAUGAGCGCUGGCAGCGUCUGGAUAGCACCGAACAGCGACUGGUGGAGCUACAGGAUCAGCAACUAAUAUCCGAGCACGAAAAGAAGACACUCGAGGCGGACAUCUCACAGUAUAUCCUACAGUGCGAUGAGCUGAUGAAGAACAACGAGCUGCUGCUCAACGAGCUGGAAAAGUUCAAGCGCAACAAACUGGAGACCAUCGAGGAGCAUCACGAGGAGACAAUCGCACAGCUCGAAUCGCAGCUGGAUGACGCACAGAUCCGACUACAGGACGCACUAUUGUUGCGCCGCAACGAUGCGGCACAACUGGAGCAGCAAUCGGAUGAGCUGGCCGCCAAGCAGCAGCAACUGGAGCAGCUAACGGCUGAGGUACAUCAACUAAGGCAACAAAAGCCCAAAGAUGACAGCAGCAGUGAAUUGCAGCUGGUGCGGUUGCAGCACGAGGAACUGCAGCUAGCCAAGGAUAGCCAACACGAGCAACUCCUUCAGCAACUGCAAGCGAAGGACAAGCAGCUGCAGCAGCUGCAGACACAAAAUCAAACUGAAAUCGAGCAGCUAAAACAGCAAAUGGUGGAGCUGCACACACAACUGCAGGCGAGCACCGAGCACAGCGAGCAGCUGCAGGCAAACGAGCUGGUGCUCUUGGAGCGGAUGCGGUGCACCGAUCAACUGAAGUCCGAGCUGGAGGCGCUGCAGGAGGAAAUGAAACGCAGGCAGUUGGAGCUCGCUGAGAGCAAGGAGCAGAAUGUGGAAUUAAUGUCACAGCUGGCCGAGUUGCAGUCACAAGUGAAGGAGCUCAAGGAAACGCCCAAAGAUGGGGCCGAUGAGGAGAGUGUCAAUCAGUUAAGCGAACGUUUGGAACAACAGCUGGCGGCAAGUGCUCAACUACAGCAAUCACUCGAUAUGUUGAACGCUGAGAAAGUGGAGCUGAUCAAGGCGCUGCAGCAGAAGAUCACAGAGAAUACACAAUACUAUGCGGAAAUACAGCGAUUGCAGCCAAUCGAACAGCAGCUGAAUGAUCUGAUCAAGGAGCGCGAGAAGCUCUGCGACCAGAUCAGUUUCCUCAAGGAGAAGUCCGACAUACUGACCAGCAAUCUGCUGACAGAGCAAACCAAUCAGCGUCUGCUGCAGCAGCAACAAAUCGAAUCCAAUGAGCAACAGGCAGCCGUGCAACGUGAUCUGGAACGUUUGCGGGCCCAUCUCCUCGAGAUCGAGGAGCUGCACACACAGGAGAGUGUCGAGCUGCAGCGUGAACUGGAUGAGGCGCGCGCCAAUCAGACGGCCCUGCAGCAGGAGGUGUCCAAGUCCAGCACCGCCUAUACCUCGGCCAGCAUUAGGGCCAAUCAGCAGGCAGAGACGUUGCAGGCACAGCACGCGCUGCUCUUGCAACAGCGGGACGAGCUGCUUGCCAAGCUAGGUCAGUGCGAGGAUCGCGAACUGAAGCAGCAGGCGGCGCUGACCAAUUUGCAGUGCGCCCUGGAACAGUUCCAGAAUGAUAAGGAGCAUGAUAUUGAGUUGGCCACGCAGCGCAUACGACGCGAGAUGCAGGCGCAGCUGGAGCAGCAUAGGAUGCUGCGAUCCGAAAUGGGUGCACUGCAGCAGCAGCUGGCUGAUGCCAAUCAGGGGCUGCGUGCCGCUGCACGUCUCUCCGAUCAGCUGGAGGCCGGACAGCAGACGAUAGCCGUGCUGCGGGACGAAGUGGACAGCCUAAGGGAUGAAAAUAUGAAGCUGGAGCAGAGUCUGAGCAGCAGCGAGUCCAGCCAAACGGACAAGAUCGACAAGAGUCUCAUCAAGAGCCUGCUAAUUGGCUAUGUGGUUAGCGGGCAUGCGAACGAUAAGCAGCAAGUGCUCCGCAUGAUAUCUUCUGUGCUUGACUUUAACGCCCAGGAGGUGGACAAAGUGGGGCUCAACAAACAGCAGACCAGCUGGCUGGGCAACAUUCUUGGUGGUGCCAGCAGCAGUGCUGGAAAUACUGGCAGCGGCGCAGGUCAUGAUAAUCUGGUGCAGGCCUUUGUUCAGUUUCUAGAACAGGAAUCGCAGCCGAAGUCAACGGCACAGUUGCGGCCCAAUCUUCUAAGCAUGGCCAAACAGUUGGAGGGAAAAACAGACACAGCAGCAACAGCACCAACAAUGACAGCAACCACAACAAUAUCCACAACAACAGCUGGUAGCGAACAGUUGAUGACACAAGCGACACCAGCAACACCAACGACGCCGGCAAUGUUGCCGAUGCAAUCACUGCUGAUGAGCAGCAGCGAAUUUGCGCCAACGCGCAACUCCAGUUCGAUAUUAAAGGAUAUUCUCAACGAUUCUUGAUUGUUGUAGAACUUUCGGAAAUUGUUCUAUCUAAUUGUUUAACCUAAUCAUUUAACAUUUUGUAAUUGUGUGCAAUUCAAGUUCCAUUUGCUUAGAAAUGGGGCCCAAAUGUAUUUAUGUAUAUCGUUUAUCCCAAUUAACUCAUAUUUGCCACUACAAAUACACACACAUACACCUUG